AUGCCUUCAUCAAAUCAUCGAUCAUCGAGUACACAGAGAGCAAGACGUACAUCGACUCAUACACAGACAUCAAGUCGUCGAUCAUCCAGUGUACCACAUCGAGAAUUUAUUAUCAUUCUAACAAAUCAUCCUAAUUUAUUAAGAGAAACUGUAGCGUUACAACCAGAGGCACAACAACGAAUGCAAACAAGAAUUGCUAAUCAAAAUGGUUCUGGUCGUCAUGAAACUGUGAACGAUAAUGAGAAUGGCAUUCGUGAACAAAUAUUGAAUACUCUCUUACAACUUGAAUUAAGUGAUGCAACUCAAGAUUAUCUCUCUCGUACUCGUCGAGGAAAUCCAAUACAUUUCGUAUUUGAUAUGUCGCGCAUUGACACAUCAAAUCAAUCCGAAUAA